AUGCGCAAAUUAUUGCUGAUAUUCAUUUUGGUUGUUGGUGUCGCUCGUGGCGAUGACGAGUGCGCCGAGGAUGAGGUGGCCGUUCCCGGCGAGGAGCCGACGAACGUUGAGAGGAAAAUGCCGGUGAAGGCUGGAAGUGGAACGUGUAAGGAUGGAUGGACGAGGUUUGAGAGGAAGAAUGGUGUCGUCGUGUGCCUCAAGGCGAUUCGCGCGCAAGUCACCUACAACGAGGCGGUGAAUUUGUGCAAAAACCAUCAAUCGCAAUUAUUCGGAAUCGAUUCGGCCGAUGAGUUGAACUAUUUGAAGGACAAUCUCGGAUCGAUUUAUGUGUUCAUUGGCGCGUACCGCAAAAAAGAUUGCCAAUUCGAGGCGAGCGUGCUCACGACAAUGCCGAAAUGCUCGUCGGAUAAGAUGUUCGAAUUUACUGAUGGUGUCACCAAGUCGAAUUUCUUGUGGUUCGGAAAAUGGAGCGGCGGUGUGCCGAACUCGCUUUUCGUUGACAACGAGUAUGAGAGCGCGAUUGUGUCAAUCGCCGGCCAAAUUCUCGACGUCAGCAGCAAAUCGAAAUUGAAUGGAGCAUUGUGCGGCACAGUGGCUUAG